AUGGCUGAUGAUUCGCACUAUACUACGCCGCACGAAGCGGCUUUAGCUAUUGUUGCAACUGCUAUGAAGAAGUCUAGAUUAAGUUUGGACACGCUACUUGUUAAUUCCACUGUCGGCGGCAUAUUAUUCAGCGCUGGAAGUAUGCUGUUUUUAGCUGGGCAUGCAGGGAAUUUAAGCUUGAUAGAAUCGAAUCCCGGAUUAUUGGACUUUUUAGGAGCUGUAACGUUUGUUAUUGGUUUAUUUUUUGUUGUUAUGAACGGUGCAGAUUUGUUUAACUCCAAUAUCCUGUUCUUCAGUGUAGCAUUAUUACGGAAUGCAGUUUCGAUAUAUGAUCUAAUAGUGUCUUGGGUACUAAGUUGGGCCUGUAACUUAAUUGGGACGCUUUUCGUAUGCUAUGUGAUUUGCCACUUGUCAGGUGUCUCUUCAAGUGCUGAUUGGGUUACAGCAUCACGUCUGAUCGUUGACCAAAAAGCCGCGCAUUCAUUUAUCGAAACAUUUAUUCGAGGGAUAGCAGGGAAUUUUUUUGUUUCAUUGGCAGUUUAUCUGCAAUUAAUGGCGAAACCACCGCAUGUGAAGUUGAUUAUUAUGGUCCUUCCUAUAUUUACUUUCGUUGCCAUGGGAUUUACACAUGUGGUGGCUGACAUGUAUCUUAUAAUGAUGGGGAUGAUAAAUGGGGCCAACUUAUCUGUUGGUAGAUAUAUCUGGGCUUUAUUAUUGCCAAGCACUCUUGGAAAUAUUGUAGGAGGGUUUAUAUUCAGUGCGAUAGUCCCAUUUUAUUUGCAUAUUAUCGUUGUAGAAAGAGACAGAAAGAGGCUUUAUCUUCCUGAAUAUGCUGUACGGGACGAACAGACAGACGUAAAUGUUGACUCUAGGGUCGUCCGGAUAAACAGCGACGAAGGGCGUAGAGAAGGAUCGGAUGGGAGUGAAAAAUCGUCAUCUACUGUCUCCCAAAGUUCCGGCAUGUUUGAAGCUAAAAGUCAAAUAUCUUUGCCUUUGCAUUUGGCUUCUGGAAUAUCUACCCUAUCUGAAAUACGUCUACGCGGGACGAGAAGCGAAGAUAGGUCACAUGCUGCCUUGCCUAUUCGCGGAAUAAAGACUCCAUUGGCAAGCGAAGUAAACCUUCACAACGCGCAGAAUACAAGUGAUAAAGAGAUGAGUAAGCAUUCUGUAAAUUCAGAUCCAUACAUGGGAACUUCAUCCAUUGCAAGUUUAGCAUCUCUAUCUCAGAACUCUGCUUAUAAAGUUCCUACCACGUUGCAUAAUGAUACUCAUGAAAACACUACCAAUUAUGAUCCAUUGGUACAAAUGCCCAUGCAAUACCAUCCCGGCCAUUCAAUUGAUACUAAUGUCACAUUAAAACUGCAGCGUUCUCCAUCUACUUCAGAAAAAAACCUUGGCCACAAACUCCAAAAAACUAUCUCCAGUCUAACCUCUCCAGGUAAAAUUCAAAGCACCGAUGAUCGUUCGUCGCUGCCUUUAUCUAACCAAGAAUGUUACAAGUUCGUGCCAGGGUCCACUCCUAAUGUAGGACGCGGCAACAUUGUUCGAAGUCGAUCAUUUGGGCAAUUCAUCAAAGCUGUAAGCAAACCAUUCAAAGCACCUGCAUCACACGAUAUUCAUGAGAUAUACAGAAGAUUAUCUGAAGCAGGGAUAACAUCAACUGCUGCAAGAGCAUCUGACAAUAUUGCUGGUGUCGACAAUUACGAAGGUGUAAAACUACCGCAGAGAGAUAUGCUAUUUAAGCGUAACCUCAUGAAGAGACUUUCAUAUCCAGAUGCAGCAGCAUUACGAAAUGAUAAACUAUGA